UUAAGUUUAUGUAAUCAUGUACCAGUGGCGGUAGGCUACCGGUAUACCAGUACCAAUAUGUUCCUGUUCCAAAGUCUCAUUUUCAUAGUUCCCGGUUAACUAAUUGCUCGAAAUAUGGAAUCACAAACAGGCACAUCUGGGACUAUAGAACCAGGAUAUAGAGAAGAAAAAAGGGAAAUUAAACAGAAAAUUGGAAAUGUUCAAGCAGGAAUAUUUGUUGGCCAUCAAGUCAACAACUAUGCAUCAACACAGAACUCACUAAGUCACGAAGGGCAAAGGUCAAGUAGCAAUGAUGGAAAUGUUCAAAGUGACAAUCCUGUGCCAGAUUCAAUCAAACUGACAGAUUCCAUCUUUCUUCUUCACAAGGAGUCAAUUUCUCGCUAUGGGACCGUUUGCAGGGGGGUGAAAAUUUUCAAAAUAUCUGAAAAACAAAUAAUAGCUAUAAAAACUCUCAAGUUUAAUGAGCAAAACGAUAAAGAAGCAAAAAUACUUGUAAAACUUUGUCCCCAUCCUAACGUUGCUAAUAUUAUAGAGUCUGGAGUUUAUUCCUUGGGACCUAUUAAGCACAAUUUUAUUGCAAUGGAAUUGUGCGGCUCUCAAAAUUUGGCCGAAUAUAUAAAAGAAAAAAAAAGUCAAAGUUCGAAAGUAAAAUCUCGACAAACACAACAACUUGUGGACAGUAUUGCUCACAUUCAUAAAAACGAAGUUAUUCAUCGUGAUUUAAAACCUGACAACGUGCUUCUAUCUCCUGACGGAAACUAUCUCAAAAUUAUCGACUUUGGUCUCAGUAAAGAACUAAGUAGCGGUCAUUCUGUUACUAAUUUAAGCACUUUACGUGUUGGCACUGAUGGUUGGAGGGCCCCAGAAACGUACAACUCGAACGUAAUUUCUAAAGCAACUGAUGUUUACUCCCUGGCCCUUGUUAUAUAUUACAUUGAGACUGAUGGGCAUCACCCAUUUGGUGAUGACCCAGACGAUUGGAAUGCUAAUAUCAAGAAGAAUCGUGGCUUGGAUUUAAGCAAACUACAAGAUAAGACUGAAAUUGUGGACUUACUAAGAUGGAUGCUGAGGUUUAAGCAACGAGAAAGACCGACAAUAGAGCAAGUCCAGAAGCAUAAAUACUUCGGCGGAUCUAUAUCAGCUCCUGAUUUUGGGAAGAGUCUUCAAAGCCGAAAAUCAUUGGAGAUAGAAAAUAAAGAAUUGCAAGAAAAAUUAAAACAAGCGGAGAUGGAGAUAAAGGUGUCGGAAAUGAAAAGACGAGCCGAUCGCUCAAAAUUUUCUCACAAUCAUUAAACAGUUGAAGAGCUGACAGACAAUACAAACGAUGACAAUGAAGACUUCUGAGUCAUCAUCCUCAUUUUCUCAAAAAAGAAUACAAACUUGAGCUAACCUAAAAAGUUAGUGCUGAGCAAUUAAAGAAUAAUCUAAACCAGACAUUGGCAAAGUAUGACCCGUGGGC